AAUGGUUCCUAUUCGGGUUUGCUUCCUGGCAGUAGCCAUCGUCGCUCUCAUCGGUGGUUCCCAAGGUGCAAAUAUACUGGGAAUAUUCCCGAGCCUCAGUCCAUCGCAUUUGAUCAUCCAAAUGUCCGCGGCUAAAGUGCUGGCGGAGAGGGGACACAAUGUGACGGUGGUCACGCUCCUAAGGCCAGUGGUAACGCACAAGAAUAUAACCGUAAUCACAGUACCGGUCAGCAAAGAUGCGGACCAGCUUAUGAGUGACAACGUGAAAGAGAUGGCGAAGAACGACAACAGCAAUUUUGUUUCGGCCCUGUUUCGCAUGUGGGAAAAGAUGGAUUUUAUUUUUAAGGCGGUGGCAGAAGCUCUAAAGCACGACCGCGUGCGGGAUCUCUAUCGAAACAAGGCCAAUAAGUUUGACCUGGUUCUCUCGGGCUUCUUCAUGAGUGACUUCCAUCUGGGAUUUGCCAGGAAGGUGAAUGCACCGGUCAUCAUCGUCGCCACAAUAUUACCGAAUCAGAUGUUGAACCCAUUGAUCGGCAAUCCCAGUGAGGUCUCGUAUGUCCCCCCCUUUAGUGACUCUAUAGAGAAAGGAAAGAGCGUGUCCUUCCGUCAGCGAUUGGUAAGCUUUACUACCAGUUUUUUCUUGGGACUAUAUAUGCGCUUUUCUGAUAGGCGUAGUCAGAAUUUGUACGAAGAGCUCUUUGCUGAUGACCUCAACAUGCCAGAGUAUUCGGAAAUGCUUAAAAACAUUUCACUAGUGUUCUUUGCCUCUCACGCGCUCAGCGAGGGGCCGAUCCGACCUAACGUCCCGGCAGCCAUUGAGAUUGGAGGUAUUCAUAUUAAGGACAAGCCAGAUCCCCUUCCGCAAAAUCUGGCUGACUUCCUGGGCAACGCCACAGACGGAGCCAUUCUCCUAAGCCUGGGCUCAAAUAUGAAGGGCAGCUACAUCAGACCUGACACGGUGACCAAAAUGUUCAACGUCCUCUCAAAGCUGAAGCAAAGGGUCAUCUGGAAGUGGGAAGACCUGGAGAAGACACCGGGUCAAUCUGACAACAUUCUCUACUCCAAGUGGCUGCCGCAGGACGACAUCCUCGCCCACCCGAAGAUCAAACUGUUUAUCAAUCAUGCCGGAAAGGGAGGCAUUACAGAGGCCCAGUACCACGGCAAGCCGAUGCUCUCCUUGCCCUUGUUUGGUGACCAGCCCGGAAAUGCGGAGGGCAUGGUCAAGAAGGGCUUUGGACUCACUCUAAGCCUCCUCACACUGGAGGAGCAGCCCUUCCAAGAGGCCAUCCAGGAGAUUUUGACGAAUCCGCAGUACGCCCAGGAGGUGGCCACGUUCUCCUCGCUCUACCGCGAUCGUCCCAUGUCCUCAAGGGAGUUGGUCGUCUACUGGUCGGAGUACGUCAUUCGGCACCAUGGAGCUGCCCACCUGCAGAGUCCCCUGGUUCACAUGAACUUCAUAGCCGCCAAUAACUUGGAUAUAUAUGCCCUGUUAGCUGGAAUUUUAGUAAUUGUCUUGCUAUUUUUCAAAGCUCUGGUUAAAUUUAUUUACAGAAGGUUUUUGUCAAAGCCCAAGAAGGCCAGUAAGCAGAAGACCCACUGAAAGUUCUUUAAAAGUCAGGUAAAUGUUAAAGUGUUACUAUGAAAUACUCUAAGAUAAGAAAAUAAAAUGUUACCUAUUAUUUUAAAUAAAUAUAAAAUUGGGCUUGGCAACCCAG